AUGGCUCCUACAAUCACUGCAGCAAUGACCAACUCUCAGGAGCAUCUGACUCGGAGCCACAAGCUCAGAAAGCCUCUGGUGGAGAAGUUACGCAGAGAGCGAAUCAACAGCAGCAUCGAGCAGCUCAAGUCUCUCCUGGGUCCAGAGUUCCUCAACCAGCAGCCAGACUCCAAGCUGGAGAAAGCGGACAUCCUGGAGAUGACCGUUUGCUUCAUGACACAGCUGCUGCAGCAGAACCAGCAGCAGAGAAGACUGAUGAAGCACGUCCACAAGCUGCAGUCUUCCUCUGAGGAGAAGCUGAGAGAGGCUGACUUCUCUCCUCUGAGCUCCACAGUCCACAGCAGCAUCUCCAAAGACAAGAGUCCACACAGAGAUCCACACAUGGCUCCUACAAUCACUGCAGCAAUGACCAACUCUCAGGAGCAUCUGACUCGGAGCCACAAGCUCAGAAAGCCUCUGGUGGAGAAGUUACGCAGAGAGCGAAUCAACAGCAGCAUCGAGCAGCUCAAGUCUCUCCUGGGUCCAGAGUUCCUCAACCAGCAGCCAGACUCCAAGCUGGAGAAAGCAGACAUCCUGGAGAUGACCGUUUACUUCCUCAGACGACUGCAGCAGCAGAAUCCAGCUGUGGGCUCAGCAGCCGUCAAACGGGGCUACUCCAGAUGUGUCCAGGAGGUGGCGCACUUCCUGUCCAGGGAGGGGAUGAAUGCACAGUCGCAGAGAAGACUGAUGAAGCACGUCCACAAGCUGCAGUCUUCCUCUGAGGAGAAGCUGAGAGAGGCUGACUUCUCUCCUCUGAGCUCCACAGUCCACAGCAGCAUCUCCAAAGACAAGAGUCCAGUCAGCAGCGCCCCCUGGAGGCCGUGGUAG